AGUGUUUACUUCUGUUCCCCUAAUAAUCAUGUCCCCCAAGCCUUUCGUCGGUGGUAACUGGAAAUCUAACGGCAGCGUCGAGUCCAUCAAGAAGCUUGCCCCUGCCCUUGUUGCUGGUGAGGCCACUUAUAACAAGGAUGCUGUUGAUGUUGUCAUUGCCCCUACUGCUAUUCACCUUCCUUUGGCCAUGGAGCAGUUCAAGGGCUCUAACAUCCAGAUCUCUGCUCAAAACUGCAGUAAGACCGGUCCUGGCGCCUACACUGGUGAGAUCACUGCUGAGAUGAUUAAGGACGCCGGCCUUAACUGGACCAUCCUUGGCCAUUCCGAGAGGCGUCAUCUCUUCAACGAGACCAACGAGGAUCUCGCCGCCAAGGUUGCCAAGGCUGAGGCUGCUGGCUUGAAGAUCAUCUUCUGCAUCGGUGAGUUGCUUGAGGAGCGUGAGGCCGGCAAGACUGAGGAGGUCUGCGCCACUCAGAUGGAUGCUAUCGUCCCCGUUGUGAAGGAUUGGAACAAUAUCGUUAUUGCCUAUGAGCCUGUCUGGGCUAUUGGCACCGGCAAGGUUGCCACCACUGAGCAGGCUCAGGAGACCCAUGCCUCCAUCAGGGCCUAUCUCAAGUCCAAGGUUAGCACCGAGGUCGCCGAGAACACUCGUAUCCUCUACGGUGGCUCUGUGAACCCUGGUAACUGCGGUGAGUUGAUCAAGUGCGCUGAUGUCGAUGGGUUCCUCGUGGGUGGUGCUUCCCUCAAGCCUCAGUUCACUGAGAUCAUCGCCGCUGCCGCUCAGUCCGCCUAAGCGGAUGUUGUACUAUUCGUGCUGUUGUAUCAUCGUCUGCUCCAUUAUUGCAAUGGACCGCGGUGCUCAUUCACGAGUGUCUCUCAAGGG